UGCACGGCUUGCUACUGCGCAUGUUGCAUGACAGGUGCACACACAAGGCUCCAUCUUGGCAACCCUUUACCAAAGCAAUAGGAGAGCGCGAAUGUAGAGUCUGUUUAGGUUAUUCAAAUUGAGAAAGAUAAGAAAAACGGCGUCGUAAUGAACAGCAUCUCAAGGAUUCGCGCGUACUGAGGGAACGAGGAGCAGAAUGCGAUACAGAAAGCGACUGGUCAUGAAAGCUGUUUAACGACCGAUUGCACUGUCAGCGGAUCUGUGGAACAACAACCUUUACCAGACUAAAAUGGCUAAGUUGAGUUGCUGUAAUAUGAAGGCUCUAAAGGUGAUUUUUAUGUUGCUCAUCAUCUGUCUGUGGAUGGAAGGUGGAUUCACCAAAGAAAAAUCUGCUAAAAAGGGAAAGAAGAAAGGAAAACAAGUUUACUGUCCUUCGCAGCUGUCAUCAGAAGACCUGGCACGGGUUCCAGCAAACUCUACUAGCAACAUCCUCAACAAGCUUUUGAUCACUUAUGACCCACGAAUCCGACCAAACUUCAAAGGUAUUCCUGUUGAGGAUCGUGUGAACAUUUUCAUCAACAGCUUUGGGUCUAUCCAAGAGACUACUAUGGACUAUCGUGUCAACAUCUUCCUGAGACAACGCUGGAAUGACCCCAGACUCCGGCUUCCACAGGACUUCAAGUCAGAUUCACUUACCGUUGACCCAAAGAUGUUUAAAUGCCUGUGGAAACCUGAUCUCUUCUUUGCCAAUGAAAAGAGUGCUAACUUUCACGACGUUACUCAGGAGAACAUCCUGCUCUUUAUCUUCCGAAACGGAGACGUUCUCAUCAGCAUGAGGUUGUCUGUUACCCUCUCUUGUCCACUGGACUUGACUCUCUUCCCCAUGGAUACCCAGCGAUGCAAAAUGCAGCUUGAGAGCUUUGGUUACACCACAGAUGACCUGCAGUUCAUGUGGCAGUCUGGUGACCCCGUGCAGAUGGAUGAAAUUGCUCUGCCUCAGUUUGAUAUUAAGCAAGAAGACAUUGAAUAUGGCAACUGCACCAAGUACUACGCAGGGACAGGCUACUACACGUGCGUGGAGGUGAUUUUUACUCUGAGGAGGCAGGUGGGCUUCUACAUGAUGGGUGUUUAUGCACCCACCCUGCUCAUCGUUGUCCUUUCCUGGCUCUCCUUUUGGAUUAAUCCUGACGCCAGCGCUGCCCGUGUGCCUCUGGGGAUUCUGUCAGUGCUCUCGCUCUCCUCUGAGUGCACGUCUCUGGCCUCUGAACUGCCCAAAGUCUCCUAUGUAAAGGCCAUUGACAUCUGGCUGAUUGCCUGUCUGCUCUUUGGCUUCGCCUCUCUGGUGGAGUAUGCCGUGGUUCAGGUGAUGCUCAACAGCCCUAAACUGUUGGAGGCGGAGAGAGCAAAGAUCGCCACCAAGGAGAAGGCGGAGGGAAAGACCCCUGCUAAAAACACCAUCAACGGCAUGGGGAGCACCCCUAUACACGUCAGCACACUCCAGGUGACAGAGACAAGGUGCAAAAAGGUAUGCACCUCCAAGUCGGAUUUGCGCACCAAUGACUUCAGCAUCGUAGGUUCUCUGCCUCGAGACUUUGAACUCUCAAACUUUGACUGCUACGGCAAACCCAUUGAAGUCGGCAGUGCUUUCAGCAAAUCGCAAGCCAAGAACAACAAGAAGCCACCACCUCCUAAACCUGUCAUCCCUUCAGCUGCCAAACGCAUAGAUCUGUAUGCCCGUGCCCUCUUCCCUUUCUCCUUCCUUUUCUUUAAUGUAAUUUACUGGUCUGUGUAUUUGUGAUUGCGUAAAUAUCAUCCUGCUUCGAUUCAACUCACUUUUCCCUCAUUCCAAUCGUCUCGGUCUGUAUCAUUUAUACCUCUGACAUCAAACGGAGCAGUUUACGCCAGGGUACAGAUCCAAACUUUGGGAUGAAAUAUAGAAUUGCUAAAUGGAAGACAUAUUUUACAAAUUAAAGAGAUUGAAGUUAUUGCCUAAAAUGAUUCAUUUUCAGCUACUAUAUAUUUAAUUUAUGCACAAACCCGAGAGUUAUUAUCUUGCAUGUGGAAAUGGAAUAUGUGGAUAUUAAUAUAUUGUAUUUAAAUGAUAUUAUAGUAUUUUUGACCUACAGAUCAGCUGUUGAGAUGAUGCUGAAACAUUUAUACUGACAAACACUGCCAUAAGAACUGUCUUUUGAUGAUGAUCUUACUAAUACAAGCAUUCCAGAGAUUACAAACAAGUGUAAAAAGCAGAAUAAAUAAAGCAUCUUCUGUUCUUGUGAAUCGAACACCAAUAAAUGGCCCAAUGGCUCAGCU